AAUAAAUAAUAUUUUUUAGAAACAUGUUAAAAAACAACAUGCUCAUGAUACAGCAAAAAUAGUUGAAUUACCCGAUAAAUAUUUAUUUCAAACAACACUUAAAGCUAAAUAUGAAGGAACUGAUGAUCGAACAUUAGCACCAGCACCAUUAACUGAUGAAGAUUAUAGUUUUUUUGGUAUUGAUGUACAACAAAAAUUAUCUUCAAUGAAAUAUACACGUGAUCGUACAUUAGCUUGUCAACAAUGUCCAUUUGCUGCUAAUUCAAUGGCUGAAUUACGACGACAUUUAAUUGUUCAUUCAGCUGAAAGUCCUUAUCAUUGUUUUAAUUGUGAUUAUAAAUCAAAAUGGAAAUGUGAUGUUAAAAAACAUAUGCGUUUAUGUAAUCAUCAUGGACCAGUUUUAGUUGGACGUAAAGCUAUGGCAAAAGUUAUGGAGAGUCUUGGUUUAGUUAUUGGUAAUAAUGAUAUAAGUAAAACAAUAUCAACUGAUAAACAAAAUGUUGCUGCAUUUGCAGCAGCUGCUAUGCAAAUGUCAACAUUUUUUGUUCAACAACAAAAAUCAAAUGAAAUUAUUGAUGAAGAAGAAGAAGAAGAAGAAGAAAUUGUUGAUGAAGAAGAUGAUGAUAAUGAUAAUGAUGAUGAUGAAAAUAAUAGUUUAAUUAUUGUUGACGAAAAUCAUCAUCAACAACAACAACAAGAUGAUAAUGCUGAUAAACAAAAACGUAUAACAACAAAUUCACGUCAACAAAAUAAUAAUAAUAAUAAUAAUCUUCGUUGUCGUCAAUGUGAUUAUGAAGCUGAUGAUUUAUCAGAUUUACUUGUUCAUCGUAAAGGACAUGCAGCAUCAAUGAAAUAUACUUCAAAUUUUGAUCAAAAUUUUCAACAAGAAAAAAUUCUAUUAAAUAAUAAUAAUAAUAGUGAUAUUGAAAAUGAUGAUGAUGAACAAGAAGAAGUAAGUUCAUUGUGA